AUGGUCUCUUCUACUCCUCGUUUCAACGCCUACAACGCCUACAAGAGCGUGUAUGGCCCCAAGUACCACUACCAGCCUAACUUCAAGGGCUUCACUGCCACCCAGGCCACUCGCCUUGGUUUCGGAAUUGGCAAGUACGGUGCUGCCGCGCUCGUUGCCGUCCUCUUCCUCGCUUCCGGCAUCCCUAGGGUUCACAAGGACGUUCUCUCCCACGUCCCCGUCGUCGGAAAGCUGACGGAGAAGCCUACCGUCCCCGAAUCUGAUAACCCCUUCUAA